GUACAGUGGUACACCCAAACAAAACGACCCCUCUGGAUAAAAUAAAACCCUAAACCUCACAGUCCAUACCAUACACAAUCGCUCAAGCGGAAAGCGAUAAUGGCAAGCACAGAACCAAAUUACGAGCACAAGGAGGACGAGGAGGCGCAUGCCGCUGAGGACGAGGACACUGGUGCUCAGGUUGCCCCCAUCGUCAAGCUCGAAGAGGUCACCGUCUCCACCGGCGAGGAGAAUGAAGAUCCGAUCGUCGACAUGAAAUCAAAGCUUUAUCGUUUCGACAAGGAUGGGAAUCAGUGGAAGGAAAGAGGCGCCGGGACUGUGAAGCUGUUGAAGCACAGAGAGACCGGCAAGGUUCGCCUCCUCAUGAGGCAAUCCAAGACGCUCAAGAUCUGUGCAAAUCAUCUUGUCCUGUCAACUAUGUCAGUGCAGGAGCAUGCAGGGAACGAUAAGUCAUGCGUGUGGCACGCAACUGACUUUGCCGAUGGUGAAUUGAAGGAUGAACUUUUCUGCAUUCGUUUUGCAUCAGUCGAAAAUUGCAAAACCUUUAUGGAAACAUUCCAAGAAGUUGUUGAAUCCCAAAAGAACAAAGAGGAAAACAAAGAUGCAACUGCAACUGCUGGACUUCUUGAGAAGCUGAGUGUUGAGGAGAAGAAAACUGAAGACAAAACUGAAGAUAAAUCUGAAGAGGAGAAGCCUGCUGUAACAGAAGACGAAAAGGAUCCAAAGGAGGAUGCAGAAAAGAAAGAUGAGCCUGCUCCCUCAACUUAAAAGUUAAUUUUGGGUCUUAUUCAAUGCCGCAUGCUUAUGGCACAUAUAUUGGUGUUAGUUGCCCAAUCUCUUCUCCUGCCCAUCCAUCGGCAUAAUCACCAUGAAAGCUUAUUUUGGGGCAUUUUAUAGGCUGAAACAGUUGGUUUUAUGUGUCCUUAAGUUUUUGUGCUUUUCAAUAUCAGGUCAAGAUAAGAGUCGUAUUUGUCAUGUUUGCAUGUUGAGAGUCAUGUUUUUGCGGAUUGAAAGUUGUCGUCACGGAGUUCGUCUUCUGGGGAUUUUUUAAACAAUUCGCUGUAACUUGGUUGUAGCUUGAUGGAUGCAGGAAAAUCAUAGCAUGGAUGGUUGUAUCUUUUUCAUUUUUUCUUUUGUUGGGAUGUAAUUUAUGGAGUUAUGUGUCUGGAUUUCCUUAUUAAGAGAAGAUGUGUCCAAGGAAUUGCUUUAUCAGAUUGCUUUGAGAAAGCAGAUCUCCAUUGAAAUGGAAUGUCAACUAAUGCUCCGUUUGGAACAACUCAUCAGAGGAAUCUAGUUCAGCAUGGAUGUGGGAGCAAUUGUCAACCUUUCUGUCCAUUAAACCAAAUGCAACAUCUUCUAUGCUUAUUGGGCAUUCAAACUAGAGAGAAAGGUGGGGAAGCCAAGAGGGAAAAAUACGAAAACUAAGUGACCCACCAAUUUUUGAAAGAGCGAAAUCGUUUUCUCCAUCUGCAUGUUGAACCAACUCUUGGACAAAUAUCUCCUCCUUGAUGUGCCAAGAACAUCUACACUCGAUAACAUGGGGUUUACAUGAAAAUUAAAAAGUUAGCAAGUAU